AUGGCUAAAGGUUUUAAGUUGAAGGAGUUGCUUUCGCACCAAAAGGAAAUUGAAAAAGCUGACAAGCUUGAAAAUGACCUAAAAAAAAAGAAAUCCCAAGAAUUGAAGAAGGAAGAACCAACCAUCGUUUCAGCCACUGAUUUGAAAAAGCUUGACAAACAAGAAAAGAAGGUCGGUGCUAAGAAAGAAGUUGCUACCGCUACCGCUACCGAAGGGUACCAAAGCCAAGCUCUUUCCAAAAAAGAGAAAAGAAAGUUGAAGAAAGAAUUGAAAAAGACGCAAGAAGAUGUAGCUAUCAAGGCUCAAAAGGAUAAAUUUGGUGACAAGGAUGAAUCUGGCGAUGAUGAAGAGGAAGAAGGGGAAGAUGAAGGAAGACUAGAUCUCGAAAAACUGGCCAAGAGUGAUUCUGAGUCUGAAGAUGAGUCCGAGUCCGAAAAUGAUUCUGAACAACAGGAGGAUGCGGAUAUAGUCGCUGAAGAAGAAGAAGAAGAAGAAAAAGAAGAAGAGCAAGAUGUUCCAUUGUCUGAUGUCGAAUUUGAUUCUGAUGCAGAUGUUGUUCCACAUCAUAAACUAACCAUCAACAACACAAAAGCCAUGAAACAUGCCUUGGAAAGGGUACAACUGCCAUGGAAGAAACAUUCAUUUCAAGAGCACCAAAGCAUCACGUCAGAGACCAACACCGAUGAACAAAUUAAGGACAUAUACGAUGAUACUGAGAGGGAACUAGCAUUUUAUAAGCAAUCACUGGACGCCGUUUUAGUGGCACGUGACGAAUUAAAGGGACUAAAAGUAGCCUUUAAAAGACCAUUGGAUUACUUUGCUGAAAUGGUGAAAAGUGAUGAGCACAUGGACAAGAUUAAGGGUAAGCUAAUCGAAGAAGCCAGUGACAAGAAGGCACGUGAAGAAGCUAGAAGACAAAGGCAAUUGAAGAAAUUCGGUAAGCAAGUCCAAAAUGCUACCUUACAGAAACGUCAAUUGGAAAAGAGAGAAACGCUGGACAAGAUCAAAUCUUUGAAGAACAAAAGAAAGCACAACGAGAUCGAUCACUCCGAGUUUAACGUCGGUGUAGAAGAAGAAGUUGAAGAAAAAAGGUCCGACAGAGGUAGGCCCAACGGAAAGAGAGCCGCAAAGAAUGCCAAAUAUGGCCAAGGAGGCAUGAAGAGAUUCAAGAGGAAGAAUGAUGCUACCUCUUCUGCUGAUGUUAGCGGCUUUUCUUCUAAGAAAAUGAAGGGUAAGACCAAUAGACGAGGAAAGAGCAGACGUACCAGAAGAUUCUAA